AUGCAAAAGAAAAGUCGUGAUCUCGAUGCUCGCCAAACGCCAUGGGCAGCCGUUUAUACGGCUAUCGGAUUCUUGACAUUCACAGGCGCCCAAAUGUCGGUAUAUUUCAUGUCGACAAUGGCUUAUUUGAUGACGUCAUAUCAAAGCGCCACUGUGGAAACGUUUGGAUACGUUGUCGCGGCUGGCAGUCUUGGGGUUUUGGUGGCAAGCCCACUUUUCGGAUUCUGGCAACAAAAAACCAAUUCCACGAAACAACCCGUUAUGUGUGGUUUUUUAAUGGCAGGAUUAGGGAAUUUUUUCUACGCAUUUCUUGGUUACUACGGUAGCUACGUGCUGCCCAUGGCACUAUUCAGCCGUUUUUUGGCCGGUUUCGGAGCAGGAACCCUUGGUGUGCUCCGAUCGUAUAUAGCAGUCUCGAGUACACCGACUGAUCGAAUUAAAGCCGUAUCUCUCUCAAAUGGAGGAUUUACCCUCGGAUUAUCACUGGGUCCAUUAAUACAGAUCUGUUUCCUACCCUUUGGAACAAUCCAUCGUACAGUACUAUGGAUUCCUCUAAACAUGUACACUACUUGCGCCUUCUUUAUGACCCUCAUUUGUAUCAUUUGCCUUGUGCUUCUCUUUACCGUUUUUCGCGAGGACUAUGUCGGAAUUUAUUCGGCAGAAGAAAAGAAAUCCGACCCAUUCCUUGUCAUUCCAAAGUACGAUGGGCGCCCGGUUGCUGUGUGUUUUUAUUUAUGGUUUUGUUUGUGCAUGGUAUCGACGACCCUGGAAAGCAUCAGCGUCCCAGUCACUAUUGCCAUGUUCGGAUGGAAUAACUCGGAAUCGAUAUUUUACAAUGGGUUAUUUAUGGCUGGAAACUGCCUGCUGUCCGUAGUGAUUAGUUUGUUGCUGGCAAAGACGAGACUAGGGGAUAUAGACCGUCGAAAGCAGAUCCUGGGCGGACAGCUGACUUUUUGCUUAUUUUUCGUGUUCUGUUACCCUUGGAGUUUUUAUGGAAAUGGUCUAAAAGCACCGAUUUUAGUUAAUGGCACCGAGGAUCUCGACAUAUAUGGUGGAUGCUCGAGAGGGUAUUUAUGGUGUGAUACUACGGCCGCCGUGCCAGAAUCAAUUUACAUAUUUUUCUUUGUAAUUGGUCUAGGGGCUGCCUUCCCGUUUGUAUCUGCACCAAUGCAUGCGUUAUUUUCUGAAAUGCUAGGGCCAAGGAAACAGGGCGCAAUGCAAGGUCUUCUCUGUUUCACCGGAUCUGUAGCUCAAUUCAUUUGCCCACUCGUCAUUACAUCUCUAUUCCAACACAACGGGUACCGUAUCAUCAUGAUCUACCAUUUUCUAUUGUGUGCAUUUGCGGCUGUGUUGAUUGCCGUUUUCUACAGACACAUGCAAAUCAUGUCCAAGGAACUGGCCACUCAUUUUGGGUCAUGCCAUUGCGGAGCGGUGAAGUGGUCGUGUCUGGCGCCAAAAAUCUUGAAGGGCAUCAAGUGCAACUGUUCAAUCUGCAACAAAAAGCAGAACCAUCACGUCGUGGUCGCGUCGGAUUGUUUUAAAUUGUUGCAGGGCGAAGACAAUUUGACGACCUAUCAAUUUAAUGAAAAGAAGGCGAGGCAUCGAUUUUGCAAGACAUGCGGAGUGCAGAGUUUUUACAUCCCACGCAGCAACCCUAACGAUAUUGCAAUAAUGCCCCAUUGCAUCGACUCGAAUACGGUAACCCGAAUCGAAUGGACAUGUUUUAACGGGCAACAAUGGGAAGAAACUAUGCUCACGCAAGCACCUGUCGCUUUUAAGCCUGAGGAGAAA